AUGGAAAUUUCAGCUGCUGCUCAUUACCGGAUCUUGGUCAUUGGUGGUGGAGCUGGUGGCUGUGCAGCCUCGCAUCGAUUCCGAAAAUUAGCACCCCGAAAGCAACUUGCUGUCAUCGAACCGAACGAGCUUCAUUACUAUCAACCAGGAUUCACACUAGUUGGAGCCGGUUUUAAAAAAUUGAGUCAGUGUCGAAAACUGACCAGCGAAGUUCUGAAUCCGGAAAAUGUUUGGUUGAGAAAUUUGGCUGUUGAAAUCAAUCCUAAAGACAACUCGGUCACUUUAAAGUAUCUAAAUAAUGUUGUUGACGGUGAUGUAUUUAGUGAUGGCUCUGAGAUAAAGUAUGACGUUCUCAUUGUGGCACCUGGUUUACAACUGCGAUAUGAACUGAUUGAUGGACUUCCUGAAGCACUGUCUUCGCCGGGCGUGAUAAGUGUCUAUACAGCAGCAACAGCUCCAAAAGCUCAUUCUACAAUUCAGAAUUUUAAAGGUGGAAACGCUGUCUUUACUUUACCAAAUACACCUGUGAAAUGUGCUGGAGCUGGACAAAAGAUAUGUUACGUUGCAGAUGAAAUUUUCACUAAGAACGGUAUUAGGGAUAAAUGCCAUUUGACAUAUAAUACAAAUCUAAACGAUUCGUUUGACGUACCGGAGUAUGCGGCAGCACUGAACAAGAUUAUUGCAGCCAAGAAAGUACAGUUGAAUACCAGACGAAACUUGAUAAAAGUAGAUCCAAUUAAAAAGGAAGCAACAUUCGAAUUGUUAAACGAAAAGGCAGUACCGAAUGGUAAAACAGAGGUGCAAAAGUAUGACCUGCUUCAUGUCGUUCCGCCCUGUUCAUCUAUUGAAGUGUUACGGAAGUGUAAAGCUCUCACAAACGCAGGCGGUUGGUUGGAUGUUAAUGCCGAAACUCUUCAGUCCACGAAAUUUGACAACGUUUUUGGCAUCGGCGAUUGCCUUGGUACACCGAAUAAAAAAACUGCUGCUGCAGUGUACAGCCAGUUAAGAACAUUAGACAGAAAUGUUAAGGCGUUUAUGAAUGGUAAACAACUUGAUGGAAAGUAUAAUGGCUAUUCGUCCUGUCCAUUUCUGGUUAGUAGAAGAAGCGUUGUGUUUGCCGAAUUCACUCCUGAAGGACCAUAUGAAACAUUUCCAUUUAACCAGGCUAAGCCAAUGUAUAUUUCGUACCUGAUGAAGAGACAUAUAUUACCAUUUAUCUACUGGAAUUUCGGACUCAAUGGGCAUUGGCUAGGGCCUGCUAAAGUCAGGAAAUUGCUUCAUCUAGGCUUAGUAUAG